AUGGUGUUCACUCCUCCCAGCUCGGCAGGCGAGCUGCCCCCGAUUCCCGACAAUAUUCCCAUCAGCGAAUUUAUGCUCUCGGAGUCGCAUGGUCGCAUUCCUUUCCACCAAUCGAGACAUCCCUACACGUGUGGCAUCUCGGGGCGAUCUUACUCCCCGUCGGAGGUGGUGACUCGCGUCGAGCACUUGUCUCGAGCCCUAUCCAAGGAAUUCAACUGGCAGCCCAACCAAGGUACUGAAUGGGACAAGGUGCUGGGUGUUUUCAGUUUGAAUACAAUCGAUACGUUGCCUCUGUCAUGGGCGACACACCGGUUAGGGGGCGUCGUCUCCCCCGCCAAUGCGGCCUAUUCCGCCGCCGAGCUGAAGCACCAGUUGCUAGACUCCAAAGCCACGGCGCUUUUCACCUGUCUCCCUCUGCUGUCGACCGCCUUGGAGGCGGCUUCCAUGGCGGGUUUCCCCAAGAACCGUAUCUACCUAAUUGAGCUGCCUCCCCAGAUCACCGAGGGCGCAAAGGCCCCCGGUUACAAAACCCUAGAGCAAUUCGUCCAGGAGGGAAGCGCCCUGCCGGCGCUAGAGAACCUCAACUGGGGCCCAGGAGAAGGUUCCCGUCGCACCGCGUUUCUGUGUUAUUCGAGUGGCACAUCUGGUUUGCCCAAAGGAGUCAAGAUCUCGCACCGCAAUGUCAUUGCCAACGUGCUUCAGAUUUCGACCUUCGAGCAGUCUUGGCGGGAUCAUCUCUCUGCCGGGAGCAAAACCCCGUACACGGACGUUUCCUUGGGCCUGCUACCCCAGAGCCAUAUCUACGCUCUAGUAGUCACCUGUCAUGCCGGAUCAUUCCGGGGUGAUCAGACGAUCGUGCUCCCCAAGUUCGAGAUGAAGUCAUACCUCACGGCUAUCCAAAACUUCAAGAUCUCCUCUCUGUUCUUGGUCCCUCCAAUCAUCAUUGCAAUGCUGCGCAACCACGAGGUCUGCUCCAAAUUCGACCUCAGCUCCGUCACCUCAUUGUUCACUGGAGCGGCGCCCCUGGGAAUGGAAACAGCGGCCGACUUCCAAAAGGUCUACCCGGGUGUCACCAUCCGACAAGGUUACGGUCUCACGGAGACCUGCACGGUGGUCUCCUCGACCCACCCUACCGACAUCUUCCUCGGCUCUUCUGGCAGCCUAGUCCCGGGGUUUGAAGCGCGCAUUGUGACCCCAGAAGGCCAAGAGGUGACCGCUUAUGAUACCCCCGGUGAACUGGUGGUUCGCAGUCCAAGCAUCGUCCUGGGCUACCUGAAUAAUGAGAAGGCCACCAAGGAAACAUUCGAGGAUGGGUGGAUGCGCACCGGUGACGAAGCUGUUGUGCGUCUGAGCCCUAAGAAUGUCGAGCAUAUUUUCAUUGUCGACCGGAUCAAGGAGUUGAUCAAGGUGAAGGGCCUGCAAGUCGCCCCCGCCGAGCUCGAGGCUCACCUCCUGACCCACCCCGCAGUCGCCGACUGUGCAGUCAUCGCGAUCCCUGACGCAUCCGCCGGAGAGAUCCCCAAGGCCAUCGUAACCAAGUCCGUCUCCGCCGGGACUGACGACGAAGCCAUCGCCAAGUCCAUCAUGAAGCACGUGGAAGACCACAAAGCGCGCCAUAAGUGGCUGAAAGGCGGUGUUCGAUUCGUUGACGCUGUUCCCAAGAGCCCUAGUGGCAAGAUCUUGCGCCGUCUUCUGCGGGACCAGGAGAAGGAAGCGCGCAGACGUGCUGACCCUCACCACGAAGACGACGUCUUCCUCGGCGCCGACGAGGGCGAAGAGAUCGUCGGCCAAGAUGAUGACCACCCAAUGGAGUCCGACGGCGAAGAUCAGGAGAUGACAUUCGAAGACCAAGAGAUCCUCCUGCAGAACGACUCCGCCGCCCACUUCGACCUGCACUCCGACUCGCUAUUCUGCAUCGCCCAGCACCCCAUCCACAACGCCAUCGUUGCGACCGGCUCCGGCGACGACAGCGCAUACAUCUUCGACUCGACCCCGCAGAAUGAGCGCCCCGUCCUGCCCCAGAGCUACGAGUCGAACCCGCAGCCCAAGCAGGAGCGCAAGUCCCUGCAACCGCUCGUCAAGAUGGAUGGACACACGGACUCCGUCAACGCGAUCGCGUUCACCGAGCCCAAGGGCGAAUACGUCGUGACGGGGGGUCUGGACGGCCGGCUGCGCGUAUGGCGCGAUACCUCGCCCCAGCUGACGGGGCUCACGUGGGGCUUUGUCGCGGAGGCGCAGGAGGUGGAGGAGAUCAACUGGAUCGCCGUGUGCCCGUGUGAGAACAACGCCGAGGAGAAGAACAACGUGGUCGCUGUGGGCGCGAACGACGGCAGCGCCUGGGUCUUCCGCAUUGACCACAAUGACUCCGCCGAGCCCAUCUCCAUCAUCCAGUCCUUCUUCCAACACACCGGCUCUUGCACCGCUGGCGCUUGGACCCCCGAUGGGAACCUCCUGGCCACCGUCUCGGAAGAUGGCACUUUCUACGUCUACGACGUCUUCGGAGCGGCGGCCGCCGCCGGAAUCUCCUACUCGACCGGCACCAGUGCCGUCGUGGGGCUGACGCCCGAGGAUCAGCGAUUCGCCGUCGAAGGGGGCCUGUACUCCGUUGCCAUUGCUCCCGGCGGUGGAUUUGCGGCUGUCGGCGGCGCGGAGGGUCACAUCAAGGUGGUCGGCCUUCCGCGGAUUGGCGGGCCCGCGGCGGCACCGAAAGCCAAGGGCAAGGCGACCGCCUCCCAAGCAUCGACGGGCGCUUCUGCCGCAGGCACGCUUCUUGCCUCGCUGCGGGCGCAGACGGACGGCGUUGAAACGCUGAGCUUCUCCGCGCCGCCGCUGACCUUCCUCGCGGCUGGGUCGGUGGACGGGUCGAUCGCGCUGUUCGAUACCGCUCAUCGCUUUGCCGUCCGUCGGCAUAUCAAGGAGGCCCACGAGGCUGCCGUCGUCAAGGUCGAGUUCCUGCAGAACCGCUCGGCGGCGUCGUCGGUGGGCCGCCCCGGUCCGCUGGCUUCUGCGUCUGCUGGCCAGGGCCGGACGUGGCUGCUGACCUCUGUGGGUAUCGACGGCGUUGUCAGACGCUGGGAUGCCCGUGGCGGAACGACGGCCGCGGGGCAGGGGCUGCUGUCUGAGUGGAGGGGCCAUCUGGGCCUCACUGAGAACAACGAGGGGGAGCAGUCCGGUGGUAUCAUGGGCUUUGUGCAGGGCUUCGAUGGAAAGCGGGUUGUCACUGCGGGUGACGACGGGAUUUCGCUGGUGUUUGAAGAAUAA